UUACGUAGUCAGGGGGAGAGUGGACAUUAGUCUGGCUGCUUUUAUCUUGCACAGUCAGACACGUAUUCGCUUUGGGGUAGCCAUUCCUCUGCCAGACUUCGUCUAUCUUGGAUAACGCGUGCCAUCUUGUUGGCUUUGAUGUAAGACACUGAAGGCCGAAAAGUUUCCUCUUCUGCUUCCAGAUUCUGAAACUGCCGGCAUGGCUGACGCUCCCCCGCCCUAUGAGAAGUUUCGGUCCAUCAUUUCAGCGGAAGGAAUUCCUCCGUAUGGACCCUCCCCACAACCAGGGUCUUCUCCUAUACCAGGGUCUCAUCCCCUAGCAGGAACUUAUCCUCCAGCAGGAACUAAUCCCCCACCUGGGUCUUAUCCACCACCUGGGUCUCAUCCACCACCUGGGUCUUAUCCACCACCUGGGUCUUAUCCACCACCUGGGUCUUAUCCACCACCUGGGUCUUACCCUCCUCCAGGGUCUUAUCCUCCUCCAGGGUCUUAUCCUCCUCCAGGGCAACAGACAAAUCAGCAGAGCCCGGUGGUUAUCAACAACCAGAAUACGUCUACAGCAAUAGCUGGUGUCGGAGGGGCGCCACUUCUCCCCGGGCAAUGCACUGUAUGUCGAAAAGGAAAGAUCGAGAACUCGGCAUCCUGCUGCACAUGGGUCUGCUGCUGCCUGCUAUUCCCCCUGGGCAUCAUUCCUGGCAUAAUCGCUUUCUGUUGCUGCUUCCGACGCCCGAAAUGCAGCCACUGCGGGUAUACCGUUUAGGAGGUUGUGAUUAGGCUGUUUCACCUUGAGCAGAUUUGACUGAAUGGCCUGAAUGUUACGCCGUUCAUUCUCCUACUUGCAUAUUGCCUUAACGAAAGUAGUGGAUACUACUUCUACCCCAGAUGUAUAUCAAUUUUAUCAUAAUAUUGAGAAAGGUUUUUGUUUUCUUUCGCUGUUGAGAAUGCAGCGUAAAAUUCUCUUUGAGAUUCAGCUGACUGCAUGAACAAUUUAGAACAAUACCGCUUACAAUAUGCCUUUUGUGAUGCUACCUUAAAUAUUUUCCGACCUUGCCACCUAGGCUCUUCUUGUCUGUCCAACUUCUCUAGCGCUACGGUCUAGUUCAUCUGUUUAUUAAUGAUAAGAGGCCUCUCUAGGUGGCUCUGAAAAAUUAACGGCAGGCUCUAAAGUUAUUAAUGGACAGAAAUGCUUACCGCAGUGGUAGCAAUCAUCAUGAAGCGGUGAAUUUAGUACGUUGUCAUAACUUAGUAGAUUAAU